CACCGCCACCUCCCCACCCACCAACCGGCGACGGGAGCUCCCUCGCACCCUCCAAAACCGCAUCCCACCACCACGCGCGCACGCAACCGCGGCCAGAUCCGUCGACGCCUCCACCCGCAACCAUCCAAUCCCGCACACAGCGAUGGAAGUGAAGCGGCACGCGGCGCGGACGCUGGUGGGCCGGCUGCGGGGCGCGGCGGCGGUGCGGGACGCGGGCGCCACGGCGGCGGCCGUCGCGGAGCUGCGCCGCGCCUCCAAGGACGACCCGGAGGUGCGCGCGCCGCUGGCGGACGCCGGGGCGGUGCCGUUCCUCGCGUCGCAGCUCACGGCGCCCUCCACCUCCGCCGCCGCCGAGGACGCGGCCGCCGCGCUGCUCAACAUCUCCCUCUCCGCGCGGGAGCAGCUCAUGUCGGCCCCGGGGAUCCUCGACGCGCUCGCCCGGGCCAUCCGGGCCGAGGACUACGAGGCGGCCCACCACGCCGCCGCCGUCGUCGCCAGCCUGCUCUGCGUCGACGCCUACCGCCCCAUCGUCGGCGCCAAGCGAGCGCUGCUGUCCGCGCUCGUCUCGCUGCUCCUCCCCUCCAAGGCCCGCGGCACGCGCGCCACCAAGGACGCCCUCAAGGCGCUCUUCGGCGUCGCGCUCUACCCGCUCAACCGCGCCGCGCUGGUGGAGCUCGGCGUCGUGCGGGCGCUCUUCGGGCUCGUGAUGACGGACGGCCGCACGGGCAUCGUCGAGGACGCCACCGCCGUCGUCGCGCAGGUGGCCGGCUGCGCCGAGAGCCUCGACGCCUUCGCCGCGGUGUCCGGGGUGCGGAUCCUCGCGGACCUCGUCGAGCCCGGGGGCGCCGCCACGGGGCGGGCGAGGGAGAACGCGGCAGCCGCGCUGCUCAACCUCGUCAUGGCCGGCGGCGAGCGCGCCGUGGCGGAGGUGCUGGACGUGGGCGGCGCCGAGGAGGCCGUGAGGGAGCUGGCGGAGGACGGCGAGGCCAGCCCCAGGGGGAAGGCCAAGGCGGAGGCGCUGCUGAGGGCGCUGGAGGAGGGCGCCGCCGGCGCCAGGCGGCGGCAUGAGCACCGGUUCGCGGAUUUCCUCAACGGGCUCGUGGUGUCCGACCCCUACUUCUCGUCGCCGGCGUCGGCCACCACGCACGACGACGCGUCACGCGUUACGCUUGGCUGACCCUGCACGCACGUACGUACGUGUCUAAUUAAUUUGCACGCUGGUGGUAUUAUACUUCCGUGUUGGUGAUCAGCUGAUGUAAAUACUACAGUACUGUAGUAGUGUGUACACUAAUGGUUAUUUGAGGAGAUUCUUCUGUGCUUUCACAAGAAAUGUUAGAGGCUGAUUUGGAAUUA